UGUUUAUUUCGUGGGAGUAACUCAGUCAGUUUUAAUUAACCCGGACAAAAACUACAAUGAAGACAUGGAAGAUGGAAUUUCACACGGAUGGCAAGUCAUAAAAAUCUACCACCCACCGACUUUCCGAGCAUUCCGGUAUAAACACGACCAUUACGCGUACCCUAAAUAUGAGUUCGGUUAUUCCGUAUCAGAUAAGAAGACCGGAGAUCACAAACACCACCACGAGGAGCGCGACGGGGAUCGAGUUCGUGGCGAGUACAGCCUUGUUGAGUCAGACGGAUCUCUGCGGAAGGUCCAGUACCACGCCGAUGACCACAACGGAUUCAACGCAGUAGUAAGUAAGACAGUCAACAAACACGGAAACAAUGCCGUUUCUAUGACUGAACAUACAAGAUUCUUCUAUCCCAUUGGUCAUGGCAUCAAAAUCAACCACUACUUCCCCAACAAGAACUACCAUUAUCAAGAAAUGGUGAAACCUGAACCUAAUAAAGAGAGUAUACCAGUAUAUGAGGAAAAAGAACCUGGAAUGGGUAAAGUUGAGGACCAAGCAUUGGUAGUCAUAGACUCAGCAGCAGACAAAGAUGCUGUUGUUGAAAUGGAGACACCUAAAGAAACUUCAACUCAUCAACAAACAACAGCAACUACUCCUAAGGAAGAAGUGGAAAACGUUCCUAUUAAUGUAGUACCAGCAGUCGUUACUAUGAUAGCACAAAAUCCGGAAGAAUCCAAAGCCGAUGCAGAAAACUUAUUAGUACCGGAAGAAAAGACUGAAUCACAACCUUCAAAGGACGAACCCGUAAUGGAAGAUCAACCGUCAAAAGAAAGUGAUAACCCAGCUUUUGAUUCCGAAGUAGCAUCGUCGUAUUAUCAUUCCAAAAUGUAUUAUGUAGCUUACUAAGAAUCAAGUUAAAGUUGUUAUUUAGUUUUAUAAGCGAUUAAGUCAUUUAGCACGUAAACUGUUAAAUAAUUCUGUUUAUUGACUCUCAUGAAAUAAAUUACAAUAAAUUA